CGCCCUCUUUAAAAACAAAAUGUCCGGAGCUGGAAUUUCGCUAUCGAGCAUUUUGCCUGCUCCAUCGCAGUAUGUUCAUGACAGGGAAGAUGAAGAUCUCAUAAGACGUGUAAAUGCUUCGCUGCCUGUUGCAAGCAAGAAAACUGCCCCACCUUAUGGCCACAGAAGGGGAUGGGUCCCCAGGACAGUAGAUGACUUUGGAGAUGGAGGUGCCUUCCCAGAAGUCCAUGUUGCACAAUAUCCACUGGGUAUGGGGCAGAAGAAGACAGAGGCAAAGUCAGGGACAGGUUCACUUGCUAUGACACUAGAUGCACAGGGAAAGAUCAAAUAUGAUGCAAUUGCCAAAUAUGGCCAUGCCAAGGACAAAGUGGUCCAUACUAAAUUCGGGGACCUGGUACCCAAGCCUAUGUCAGAUGAUGACCCAGAGCUACAGAGACCAGAUGAUGAAGAAAUAGGAGAUAACACCGAGAGAACUAGACAAGCCCUGGAGAAACUUGUCCAGGGUAAGAUUUCAGCAGCCAUGCCUGUAAGGGCCGCAGAGAAACAAGCCCCUGCACAGUAUAUCAGGUAUACACCCUCCCAGCAAGGUAUGGCUUUCAACAGCGGGGCCAAGCAGAGAGUUAUAAGAAUGGUAGAGGUCCAGUCAGACCCCAUGGAACCACCUAAAUUCAAAACUAACAAGAAGAUUCCCAGAGGACCACCUUCCCCUCCAGCACCUGUAAUGCACUCACCUAACAGAAAAGUAACAGUAAAAGAACAGCAAGAAUGGAAGAUACCUCCAUGUAUAUCUAACUGGAAAAACGCUAGGGGUUACACAAUUCCUCUUGACAAACGUCUAGCAGCAGAUGGUCGUGGUCUACAGGGUGUCCACAUUAAUGAAAAUUUUGCCAAGAUGGCUGAGGCUUUGUACAUUGCUGACAGAAAGGCUCGUGAAGCAGUUGAGAUGAGAGCCCAAAUUGAGAAGAAGAUGGCUCAGAGAGAAAAGGAGAAGAAUGAAGAUAAACUCAGACAAUUGGCCCAGAAAGCCAGAGAGGAAAGGGCAGGAAUACGCAGAGCUGAUGAUGUUGAUGAGGAAGUUAAAGAGAGAGAUGAGUUCCGUAAAGACAGAGCCAAAGACAGACAGCGUGACAGGAAUCUGGCAAGAGCUGCUCCUGAUAAAAGGUCCAGGCUACAGAGGGAGAGAGAGCGUGAUGUCAGUGAGAAGAUAGCUCUUGGUAUGCCUAAUACAAACCGCAAUGAUGACAGCCAGUUUGACCAGAGACUCUUCAACCAAAAUAAGGGUAUGGACAGUGGGUUUGGAGCAGGAGAAGAUGAAUCAUACAAUGUUUACGACAAACCGUGGAGGCAGGAUGCUAACAUAGGAUCUUCCAUAUACAGACCUUCUAAAAAUAUGGACAAGGACCAGUUUGGAGAUGAUCUGGAUAAGAUAAUGAAGUCAAAUAGAUUUGUGCCUGACAAGGAGUUCUCCGGAACAGAUCGUACCCAGCGUCGUGAAGGACCUGUACAAUUUGAACGUGACGAUGAAGAGGAUCCAUUCGGUCUCAAUAAAUUCUUGACGGAAGCUAAAAAAGGACAGAAAAGACAAACAGAUGAUUCUAGAGACAGAGACUACGAUAGGAAACACAAACGACGUGAAUAGUGAUGCACGCUGGGUAAUCCCCAAAUGCGGUUCAGUCUUGUCGGAACUAGUUUCCGGUCUAGAAAUUAUAUUGGACUAAAAUACAUUCUAUGAAUGAAUAAAUUGAAGAAUAGUUUCAUAUUGUGGAAAUACAAUGGUGUGAUUUGGCUUUUCUGUAUUUUAGGGUCUCAAUCAAAUGUCUAUGUGGAACUUUUUCGUGGAAUUAAUUUUAUUGGAGGGAGGUAAAAAAAUCAAGAUUUAAAUGUAGAGAAAACAUCUCAUGUAAUCACUGAAUUUGUGAUAUCAUUACUUAAAUCUUCUCUUGAGCAUAUUGAGAAAAACUUACUGUACCAAUCAAGUCCAUUCUCAAUUAUAU